CUGCUGCUCGGCGGCCGCGGCCCCGAGCCUCCUGUUGCUGGACUACGAAGGGUCGGUGCUGCCCUUCCUGGGGGGCCUGGGCGGGGGAUACCAAAAGACGCUCGUGCUGCUCACCUGGAUCCCGGCGCUGUUCAUCGGCUUCAGCCAGUUCUCGGACUCCUUCCUCCUGGACCAGCCCAACUUCUGGUGCCGCGGGGCCGGCAAGGGCGCCGAGCUGGCGGGGGCCACUGUCACCGGCCGGUGGGGCGACAUGGGCAACUGGACCAGCCCCCCGACCACCCCCUUCUCCACUGCAGCCUGGGGGACCACGGGCAAUCGCAGCAACGGCAGCAGUGCGGACAGAGGCGACACGCCACCCCUACCGUCCCCUCCGGACAAGGGGGACAACGCCUCCAACUGCGACUGCCACGCGUGGGACUACGGCAUCCGCACCGGCCUCGUCCAGAACGUGGUCAGCAAGUGGGAUCUUGUGUGUGAUAAUGCCUGGAAGGUCCAUAUCGCUAAGUUCUCCUUACUGGUUGGAUUAAUCUUUGGCUACCUAAUAACUGGAUGCAUUGCUGACUGGGUGGGCCGGCGGCCAGUGCUGUUGUUUUCCAUCAUCUUCAUUCUGAUCUUUGGACUGACGGUGGCGCUGUCUGUGAACGUGACAAUGUUCAGCACGCUCAGGUUCUUCGAAGGAUUUUGCCUGGCUGGAAUAAUUCUCACCUUGUAUGCAUUACGGAUCGAGCUGUGCCCCCCCGGAAAACGGUUCAUGAUCACGAUGGUGGCGAGUUUCGUGGCCAUGGCGGGGCAGUUCCUCAUGCCCGGGCUGGCGGCGCUGUGCCGGGACUGGCAGGCACUGCAGGCCCUCAUCAUCUGCCCCUUCCUGCUCAUGCUGCUGUACUGGUCGAUAUUCCCCGAGUCCCUCCGGUGGCUGAUGGCUACCCAGCAGUUUGAGGCUGCCAAGAAGCUGAUCUUGCACUUCACACAGAAGAACUGCAUGAGCCCCGAGAGCGACAUCAAGGGUGUGAUGCCAGAGCUGGAGAAAGAGCUGUCCCGGAGGCCCAAGAAGGUGUGCAUUGUGAAGGUGGUGGGGACACGGAACCUGUGGAAGAACAUCGUAGUCCUCUGUGUGAACUCGCUGACGGGGUACGGGAUCCACCACUGCUUUGCCAGGAGCAUGAUGGGCCACGAGGUGAAGGUGCCGCUCCUGGAGAACUUCUACGCCGACUACUACACCACGGCCGGCAUCGCGCUGGCGUCCUGCCUGGCCAUGUGCGUGGUGGUCAGGUUCCUCGGGCGCAGAGGAGGGCUGCUGCUCUUCAUGAUCCUCACCGCCCUGGCCUCGCUGCUGCAGCUCGGGCUCCUCAACCUGAUCGGGAAGUACAGCCAGCACCCAGACUCAGGGAUGAGCGACAGCGUCAAGGACAAAUUCUCCAUCGCAUUUUCCAUCGUGGGCAUGUUCGCCUCCCACGCAGUGGGGAGCCUCAGCGUGUUCUUCUGCGCGGAGAUCACCCCCACAGUGAUAAGGUGCGGCGGACUGGGGCUGGUGCUGGCCAGCGCGGGCUUCGGCAUGCUGACGGCGCCCAUCAUUGAGCUGCACAACCAGAAAGGCUACUUCCUGCACCACAUCAUCUUCGCCUGCUGCACGCUCAUCUGCAUCAUCUGCAUCCUCCUGCUGCCCGAGAGCCGGGACCAGAACCUACCCGAGAACAUCUCCAGCGGGGAGCACUACACGCGGCGGCCGCUGCUGCCGCACAAGAAGGGCGAGCAGCCGCUGCUGCUCACCCACGCCGAGCUCAAGGACUACUCGGGCGCGAGCUCAAGGACUUCGGGCCUGCACGACGCGGCCGCGGCGGGCGGCGGGCUGCCCGAGGGCGCCACGGCCAAUGGCAUGAAGGCUAUGUAGCCUGAGCUGCGUGCGGUCCCGCCGGGUGCAAGGGGUGGGAGCUGGACCCCGCUUUAUAGACCAGAAGCCGAGCGUGCCGCCGGGGCGCGCGCACCACGUGGACACCGCGUCCGGGCCGCGCCUCUACCGCAGACCUGAGACUCCCAACCGGUGCCGGGCAUCCUGUCUUUCCAAAAGUCCAAGGGGUGUGAGCGAGGGAAGAGACUCUGGACAUCACCCUGCACAGACGUUCUUUUCUGCCAUUAAAUGUUUGUAUUUAUUUGGUCAUUUUUAUGAGAAGCACUUUAUUCCCACUCACUGAUCAUGGAAUGGAACCGCCCCCUUGGGCAGUGAGAUGGGGCGCCCUGAGAAGGCCCGUAAGUGACCAGGAGUGGCCAGCCCCGGGGUUCAGGGGGGCUCCUCCAUCCCGGCUGGAGCCCAUCCCAGGCCUCCACCUGCUGCAAAGGAGACGGGGUGCUCUUCUGGCGUGCUGGACUGCGAUUAGACAGACGUGUACCCCAAGAUCAUUAGGUCUUCACUAGAGUCUGGGAACGGUUUCUUAAAGGCUUUUUUUUGUUUGUUUUUCUUUGUGUUUGUAAGGAAAGAGCUUCUGGUCUACGCGUGAGGGGGAAGCCACUCGCAGGUAGCAUUAAAACCAGCCUCGUUCUCCCUAGGGAUCAGCCUUUCGUACUUUUCUCCGGACGCUCCUUGGGGGAAAAGCUUCAUCAUUUCACCAGAAAUCUUAAGCGAUCCGCGGUGGUGCCACUUGCUGUCACCUUUGCUUCCUUAUGUCCGCCACUAGCAGGGCGUGAGGAGGGCUGGGACGGCCCUGGC